UGAAAGUGCUAUGGGGAGUGACUGACUCUGCUGACGCCUCGCGCUCACCGACUUCAGCAGGCUUAAAGAGACAACAGCGAAUCCGCGUUUAGCCGCUGUGGAGAUUUAAAAAAAUAUAUAGAAAAAUCAAAUAAAACACAAUUUAAAGCCAUGAAUGCGGGAAUAUAUGGGCUUGCGGCAUCCAAACUGUGAACCUUCAGAUAUCUAGUGGCGAAAGAGUCUCUUGAACCUUCGCCGUUGUCUUCGCCUCUGCCUCUGGACUUGGACAUGAGGAAGGUUUUCUCCAUCGAAUGACUCGGAGCAGCCAUGCGGAGUCCUGGACGUUCAGCGGUGGCCGAUUGGAUCCUGUAGCAGGAAUUGUUUUUGUGUGUGAAUGUUUGUGUGUGUGUGUGUGAGCGAGCGAAUGAGUGUGUGUGCGCGCGUGUGUUUGAGUGCAUGCGGGGGUUGUUUGUAUAUGCGUGCGUGCACGUGCUAGCACACCCUGCCUCAGUCAGGCAGUAACGCGGCCGCACCAGCCGUGACGGAUUAACGUGACGUUUAAACGCCGUCGUGGAUUCAGCUGUACAGGCGUGAUUUGCGUGCAGAUUUAGCUCUCUGACCCACCCCUCUCCACUAAACCCCUGGCCCUCGUUUUGACGCCUCUCUGCUUUGCAUGGCCGGCGAGUAACCGUGGAGAGGCCAGGGUACCACAAGCUUAUGGAUUUUGAUAAGAGAGGUGGGAGGGCAGAAGCCGACGAGGGCAGGAGGAUGUCCAAACCGGGCGGGGGGAGGCCCGGGCACACGAGCCGGAGCACGGGCGGAACCUCUGGCGUCCUCAUGGUCGGACCCAACUUCCGCGUGGGAAAGAAGAUCGGCUGCGGGAACUUUGGAGAGCUGCGGCUCGGCAAGAACCUCUACACCAACGAAUAUGUGGCAAUUAAACUGGAACCGAUUAAGUCCAGAGCACCACAGCUUCACUUGGAGUACAGAUUUUAUAAACAGCUGGGAAGCUCAGAAGGGAUCCCUCAGGUGUUUUACUUUGGGCCAUGCGGGAAGUACAACGCCAUGGUCCUGGAGCUCCUCGGCCCCAGUCUGGAGGAUCUGUUUGACCUCUGCGACCGCACUUUCUCCCUGAAGACCGUCCUCAUGAUAGCCAUACAGCUGAUCACGCGCAUGGAGUACGUCCACACCAGGAGCUUGAUCUAUCGAGACGUGAAGCCGGAGAACUUCCUGGUCGGGCGGCCGGGCAGCAAGAGGCAGCACACCAUCCAUAUAAUCGACUUUGGGCUUGCCAAAGAGUACAUCGACCCAGAGACCAAAAAACACAUCCCGUACCGGGAACACAAGAGCCUGACAGGGACGGCCCGCUACAUGAGCAUUAACACACACCUGGGCAAAGAGCAAAGCAGGCGAGACGACCUGGAAGCACUGGGGCACAUGUUCAUGUACUUUUUGCGAGGCAGCCUGCCCUGGCAGGGGCUAAAGGCCGACACGCUGAAGGAGCGCUAUCAGAAAAUCGGAGACACCAAGCGAGCGACGCCGAUCGAAGUGCUCUGUGAGAGUUUCCCAGAAGAGUUAGCGACGUACCUGCGCUACGUCCGGAGGCUGGACUUCUUUGAGAAGCCUGAUUACGACUACCUGAGGAAGCUGUUCACUGAUCUCUUCGACCGAAACGGCUACAUCUUUGACUAUGAGUAUGACUGGGUCGGCAAGCCUCUUCCCACACCCAUCGGCCCCAUCCCCAGCGAUACGCCGCAACCGAGCAGCCGGGACAAAGCACAGCAGCAGACCAAAGCCCAGUCGCCCGAACCCAAACGGAGCGAAUCCCAGCCCGCUCCGGUCAGUAAGGAGACUCUGGGGUCACAUCUCACAGCUGAGGGGCUGGGGGGCUCAGUCCAGAUAAUGAGCUCGACCAAUGGAGAGCUGAACACAGACGACCCGACCGCAGGACACUCCAACGCCCCGAUCACAGCUGCCACAGAGGUGGAGGUCGCAGACGACACAAAGUGCUGCUGUUUCUUCAAACGGAGAAAGAGGAAAACCCUCCAGAGACACAAGUGAACAGCACUCUGAACAGAAGAGAACUUGAACCGCUCGGAUCACUGUUGAGUUUUAAACGGAAGCGAACACACACCGCUUACUCCUUCCUCCCUCUUUUAUCCUCCCUUCUUUUCUUCUCUCUCUCUCUCUCUCUCUCGUUCCCUGCCCCGUGUUUAUCACUCGAAACCCCCCUGCGCCGACGCUCCUCUUCCCAUCGGAGCGCCAAAGGAACGCCGCUGACUUCACGACAGACUUUUUUUUUCUUUCCUUCGAGAUAACAAAAAUAGAACGUGUAAAGAAAAAAAAAAUUACUCCCUCUCAAGGGACGAUGGCGAACUGUAUAAAAACAAAACUAAUGACGAUAAACGAGCACCGUGAUGUGAAAUUGAAAACAUGAUGCUGUCCUUAAUGUAAUCUAGAUUCCAUGCAGAACAUUUCGUCGUUCAGUGGCCGUCGAUCUGAGGACUUGACGUUGAUGGAUCGGAUUUAUUAUUAUUUUUUUCUUCAUAGCUGUAGAUCUUUGGUUCAAAUCGGAGGGCCGAACCUGCAAUGGAAGAAAGAUUUGGUUCAUCUCAAGCAUACAAGUUUGUUUAUUUUUUUUUUGUUAUUGGUCUAAAAAUCUUUGGUCGCUUUUGGAGCUGAAUAACUGGUUUGAAAGGAAACCUUCAUGUUUUAUGUUGUAGUGACCUGGGAUUUUUUUUAUUGCUUUUUCUUUGUGUGUGAAUGUUUGUGUGUGUGUGUGUGUGUGAGUGAGUGAUUUUUUUUUCUCCCCUUCUGUUCUAUUGAUGUGGACUGUGUAGCACAGUGACUGGUCUCAGGUACUGUGGAUCAUGGGGAGAUGAAUCAAUUCUAAGCUCUCUGCUUAUUAUUGCACUUUUGAAAGGCUAAAAAAAAGGACAAAAAGAGAGACGAUGAAAUCCAAGAGACUGCCCUAGGAAUGAAUUCCCUCGCGCCAAGACGAGGGGACGAAAUCUGCAGGCGAGACGGACGCCCUCCUCUUUUA